GCUAGAAACCACAGGGCCUAUCAGCCUGUCGUCAUCAAGCAGACUAGAAUAGUGUAGACAAACUCUAGGCAGAGAGGAAAUGAACUAGAGAGAAGGAGGAACAGGCCCAGAAGAGAGAGGAGAGAGGGCAGAGGCAAUGCUGUGGUGAGCUGAAGCUGCGAUGGUCAGGAUGGAGGAGAUGGCCGUGAAGCAGGGCUUCCUGCAUCUUCAACAGCAGCAGACCUUUGGCAAGAAGUGGCGCCGGUUCGCAGCUGUGUUAUAUGGAGAGUCUGGCUGUGCCCUAGCCAGACUAGAGCUCCAGGAUGGCCCCGAGAAGACACGGCGUGGAGAGGCCACUCGGAAAGUUGUCCGCCUCAGUGACUGCUUACGCGUAGCGGAGAUAGGCAGUGAGGCCAGCAGUCCCCGGGACACCAGUGCCUUCAUCCUGGAGACCAAGGAGCGUCUGUACUUGCUGGCAGCCCCGUCGGCAGAGCGCAGUGACUGGAUACAGGCCAUCUGCCUGUUGGCUUUCCCGGGGCAGAGGAAAGAGUCGCCAGGCCUGAAGGAAAAGAAUGGCAGUCCCUGCAUGGAGGAGAAUGAGUUGUAUAGCAGCUCCACCACAGGGGUCUGCAAGGAAUAUGCGGUGACCGUAAGACCCACAGAAGCCAGUGAACGCUGCCGGCUCCGAGGGUCCUAUACUCUCCGGACCGGGGUGAGUGCCCUGGAGCUGUGGGGUGGCCCUGAGCCAGGCACACAGCUGUAUGACUGGCCCUACAGGUUUCUUCGACGCUUUGGGCGUGACAAGGUGACUUUUUCCUUUGAGGCUGGCAGACGCUGUGUCUCUGGAGAGGGCAGCUUUGAGUUUGAAACACGACAAGGCAAUGAGAUCUUCCAAGCUCUAGAAAAGGCCAUUGCUGCCCAGAAGAAUGUCACCCCUUCUGGGCCUCCACCCCUGCCAGCCACAGGGUCCGUGAUGCCUACUGUGCUGCCUCGACCUGAAAGCCCCUAUUCCCGGCCCCACGACUCUCUGCCUUCUCCAUCCCCUGGCACACUGGUGCCUGGCAUAAGGCCAGGGGGCCCUGAGGGGGAAUAUGCCGUGCCCUUUGAUACAGUGGCUCACUCCCUGAGCAAGAGCUUCAGGGGCAUCCUGACGGGUCCUCCUCCACUCUUUCCUGACCCACUAUAUGACAGCAUUCAGGAGGAUCCUGUGGCCCCUCUACCUGACCAUAUAUAUGAUGAGCCUGAGGGUGUGGCUGCCUUAUCUCUCUAUGAGAGAUCACAGAAGCCCUCAGGGGAGACAUGGAGGGAGCAGGCCACUACUGAUGGGGUUUCUAACUCUCUCCAGCAAGAGUCCUCUGUGCCUGGUUGGCCACAGGUAACCGAGUAUGACAAUGUCAUACUUAAAAAAGGCCCAAAGUGAGGGUGUUGCCAGGAGAUGGGAUAUGGUUCCCACAGAGAUCUUUGGAAGCUGUGGAGGGGACAUGGAGGCUACUGGUAGAGUCCUUUUGGCUACUGCCCCUUCCUGGGCCCCAGGCUUGGUGUGCCUUCUCUGUGUACUGUGUGAGUCACUAGCCUGGAGCAGGAAGAGGGCCCUGGAGGGACCCACCCUCCUCCUACACUUUUCCACUUCCUCCCACUGCCUUGGGUCUGUCUAAAGGGAACUGGGGCCAUUUCUCUUAAGAGACAAAAGGAUUUCCACAGAUGUCCUGGCUCCUUGGCCUGUGCAGGCCUCCUGCCUAUAGAUGUUGUGUUCCUGGGACAACCCUGGCUUCUGGUUAGCAAUGAGAGUGACUGUUGUCCCUCUAGCUCCCACAGUUUUCUAGACAUUAAACUAAUUUGGAACAA